AUUUCUAGGCUGUCCAUCCCGUCUUGCCUUGAACCUCCCGUCGAUACCGAAAAUAUCGACGAUUGAAGAGGCCCCCAAAAAUCCGGCUCGACAGUCAUGCUUAGCUUACCUGUAGAGUAUUCGCCCGAGGUGCUGGAGAAUUGUCACCUCCAAGAACAGUCUUUGUUCUUCGCCAAACUGCCUCGGGAAAUCCGACAUGAUAUUUUUGAAUUAGCAUGCACGCCUUCCGACGACCCGGGGACUCCCUAUCGACAUACGGAAUUUUGGUAUCGUCCCGGGCACCACGCGCGCAAGAGGACCUGUACAAGCUUACUCUACAUCUGCCGGCGAGCAUGGAUUGAAGCACACCAGCUUCCCAUGCAACUCGCGGAACCUACUUUCUGGUUCGGCACGGAUGAGAUUAGACCAGCAUGGACCAACGGAGGUCCGCGUCCGCGCUACGAAGAACAGCGUUUCCUGGACUUCAUGCGCGGAUUGAGCAUCGAAAACCACUCCAAUCUUAAGCGCAUCCAUAUCUUCGCGCAGAUGUUCUGGCUAGAGGGCAAUAUGUGGAGGGAGAUCAUGCCCCGUGGGAGGAGAGGCGAGGCGAACAGACGCCUCGCAUGGCCCCCUGAAGUCAAAAUCACCAUCAAGAACACGGACUGGUGGGGUUGGGAGGGAGACGGGCCAUUUUUCGAGGAUGAGGCUUGGAUCCGUCGUUUUCUUGAAACGCGGACUUUGAAAAGUGUCCAGCUCUUCACCCUCGAUCUUGAAACGUUGCGCAGUUCGAGAGAAAAGGUGAACCGCUUGAGAGCUAUCAUUGAUCGCUUGAAGCAGACCCACAAAAGUAUCGGCGAUUGGUCACUUGAAGAUGAUAGCGGGCAUGAGGUGCUUCAAUGGACCCGUCCGGGAAACAUCGAAGGGAGACGGUCGCAUGCACACAAUCACUUGUCGCAACUGGAUUACUGCGUCUAUCGGUUGAGGUGGAGGAAUCUGCAGCCGAACGAGCGGUUGGACACGUAAUCUCUGAUGGAAGCCUUGUGCCAUAGCUUCUGAUAACUUAAAGAGAACUCGUCGACCAAGCCCCGGGAAUGAAGCCAAGGCGUCGGGCACUCGUGCUUCGUGAUGUGCUGCUGUUCUCACAGGUCUGGGUCGCGGUCCCCAUGCAAAAUCCAGGGCCCAUGACCGAGUGAAUCAGUCGACUUCACAGCCUGAUAGAUCUCGUGAUCUGCUAAUAGAUAAGCAUGAUAUGUACCCGUUGCACGAGCAUGUAGGCUAUGUGUGAUCUAUUGAAGACUGUGAUGGAAAGAAGUCAU